CUGCUGCUGAAGGCUGUAGUGCUGGCUGCAGCCAGGGGCCUGGGAACCUUGCCCCCCUUCCUGCCCUGCGAGCUGCAGCCCCAUGGCCUGGUAAACUGCAACUGGCUGCAGUUGAGAGCUGUGCCCCGCUUCUCCGCAGAGGCACCCCGCAGCAAUGUCACUAGCCUGUCCCUGCUUUUCAACCAUAUCAACUACUUCCACAACUCUGAUUUUGCACACCUGCCCAACCUGCGGCGCCUCAACCUUAAGUGGAACUGCCCACCAGCCAGCUUCAGUCCCAUCGCCUGCCACCUGACUAUUGAGCCUGACACCUUCCUGGCUGUGCCCACUUUGGAGGAACUGAACCUGAGCUACAACAAUAUCCACACAGUGCCCGCCCUGCCCAGCUCCCUCGUGAGCCUGUCGUUGAGCCACACCUGUAUCCUGCAGCUGGACCCGACCAGCCUGGCUGGCCUGCAUGCCCUCCGCUUCCUGUUCCUGGACGGCAACUGCUACUACAAGAACCCCUGUGACAAGGCCCUGGAAGUGUUGCCGGGGGCCCUCCGGGGCCUAAGCAACCUCACCCACCUGUCACUGAAAUACAACAACCUGACGCAGGUGCCUCUCCAGCUGCCGCCCAGCCUGCAGUUCUUGUUCUUGUCCUACAACCGCAUUGAACAGUUGGCACCCGAGGACCUGGCAGAGCUGACGGCCCUACGUGUGCUGGAUGUGGGUGGCAAUUGCCGCCGCUGUGACCACGCCUCCAACCCCUGUGUGAAGUGCAACCGCAGCUCCCUUUCCCUGCAGCCUGCCACCUUCAGCCUCCUGAGCCGCCUGGAAAGCCUGGUGUUAAGGGACAGUUCCCUCCACACUCUAGACACCCAGUGGUUCCAUGGUCUGGGCAACCUCACAAGGCUAGACCUGAGUGAAAACUUCCUAUACAGCUGCAUCAAUGACACCAUGGCCUUCCAGGGCCUCGCCCAGCUGCGCCAUCUCAAUCUGUCCUUCAACUACCGUGAGAAGGUGUCCUUUGCCCACCUGCGGCUGGCGCCCUCGUUUGCGAGCCUUCUGUCCCUGCGGGAGCUGGACAUUAGUGGCAUCUUCUUCCGCUUGCUGGACAAAGGCACGCUCCGGCCGCUGCUCCACUUGCCCCACCUCCACAGGCUGCACCUGCAGGCCAACUUCAUCACCCACGCCCAGCUCAACAUCUUCCAGGCCUUCCGGGGUCUACGCUUCGUGAACCUGUCCAACAACCGCAUCAGCGGGGCUUCUAGACCAGUAGCGGCUGCUGUCACGGGGACAGCAGACAAUGGCGAGGAUCAGGUUCCACUGCAGUCUGGGUGCUUGGCUCCAACCACCCUGGACACCCAUGACUCUGAGAAUUUUAUGCCCCACUGCAGCGACCUCAACUUCACCCUGGACCUGUCCCGGAACAACCUGGCUAGUGUCCAGCAGAAGACAUUCAUGGGGCUCUCACACCUGCAGUGCCUAAGUCUGAGCCACAACUCCAUCGCGCAGACACUUGAUGGCUCACAGUUCGUGCCGCUGAAAAGCCUCAGGGUGCUGGACAUGUCCCACAACAAGCUGGACCUCUACCAUGCACGCUCCUUUACGGAGCUGCCUUGCCUGGAGGCUCUGGACCUCAGCCACAACGGCCAGCCCUUCAGGAUGCAGGGUGUGGGCCACAACCUCAGCUUUGUGGCCCAGCUGAAGCACCUGCGUGUCCUGAGCCUGGCGCAUAAUGGCAUCCACAGCCGCGUGUCACCACAGCUCUUCAGUACCUCACUGCAGGCUCUGGACUUCAGCGGCAAUGUCCUCGGCCAGAUGUGGACCGAGGGUGACCUCUACCAGUACUUCUUUCAGGGCCUACUAGGCCUGCUUCGGCUGGAUCUGUCCCAGAACCACCUACACACCCUCCCAUCGAGCAGGCUGAUCAAUCUUCCCAAGAGCCUGCGCCUGCUGCGGCUCCGGGACAACCAGCUGGGUUUCUUCAACUGGACAUCCCUAGCCUUCCUGCCCGAUCUGGAAGUCCUAGACCUGGCAGGAAACCGACUGAAGAGCCUGAACAGCAUUAGCCUGCCCAACGGCACCCAGCUCCACACGCUCGACCUCAGCCGCAACAGGAUCCGUUUUGUGAUACCUGGUUUCUUUGCCGUGGCUCGGGAGUUGCGACAGCUCAACCUCAGCAACAACGCUCUUAAGACAAUACAGUCCUCAUGGUUUGGGCCCCUGGCAGGUGCCCUACAAUCACUGGACGUGAGUGCCAACCCCCUGCAUUGCACCUGUGGGGCGACAUUCGUAGACUUCCUGCUGGAUGUGCAGACCGCUGUGCCUGGCCUGGCCACCAAUGUGAAAUGCGGCAGCCCAAGCCAGUUGCAGGGCCUCAGCAUCUUCGCUCAGGACCUGCGCCUCUGCCAGGAGGAGAUCCUCUCAUUGGCCUGCUUAGGCUGCUCUCUGUUGGCCGUGGUGCUGGGUCUGGCCGUACCCAUGCUGCACCACCUCUGCGGGUGGAAUCUCUGGUACUGCUCCCACUUGUGCCUGGCCUGGCUCCCGCGGCGGCAGAAGCGGAAGACUGCCAACACCCUGCCCUACGAUGCUUUUGUGGUCUUCGACAAGGCGGAGAGUGAUGUGGCCGACUGGGUGUACAACGAGCUGAGAAGGCAGCUGGAGGAGUGCCGUGGGCGCCGGGCACUCCGCCUGUGUCUGGAAGAGCGGGACUGGCUGCCCGGCAAGUCGCUCUUCGAGAAUCUGUGGGCCUCGGUCUACGGCAGUCGCAAGACGUUAUUCGUGCUGGCCCACACUGAGCGGCUCAGCGGCCUGCUGCGCACCUGCUUCCUGCUGGCCCAGCAGCGGCUGCUGGAGGACCGCAGGGACGUGGUGGUGUUGGUGCUCCUGCACCGCCCUGCCCACCGCUCCCGCUACGUGCGGCUGCGCCAACGCCUCUGCCGCCAGAGCGUCCUCUUCUGGCCCCACCAGCCCAAUGGCCAGAGCAGCUUCUGGGCCCAGCUGGGCAUGGCCCUGACCAGGGACAACAGCCGUUUCUAUAACCAGAACUUCUGCCAGGGACCUUCGACUGAAUAGCCCGGGAGCCACAGCCUGGACCUGGUACGCCGCCAUACUCCUGGCCUUACUGCCUGGCUCUGCGUCUUUGUUUCUGGACUCUGCCAUCCAGCAAGCCCUAAGUACAUGCUACUGUGAAAUCCCAGGGGAAAUCAGGCCAGGAGCACUGCAGAGGGAGCUCCUCCCGUGGGGAGGGUGUUUGAUGUAGCUAUAAAGGUUCCUGGCUAAGAUGCCUGCAUCCCAUGUCACAGGGCCUGGCUCCGAGUCCUAGCUCAGCAACUCUGGC